AAAACUCAAUUCACUUUGGUGCUCUUAGAUUAAACUUAAACAAGCCAUGGCAGGCAUUCAAGUUUCAAGCAGCCUGUUGUUGUCAAAAAGUUUGCCUUCCUUGCGCUGUCGUCGUGAAAUAGUUGGUGCGAGAGUUAACGCUCCAAGGGUCCACCUUGGUGUAGUCUCUCUCCCGAAGCUCCCUAGCAGAUAUUUAGUUGACGAAAUGGAAACGAGAACCGGUUAUCCUAUUGCUAGACAUGACACCAAAUCAUCUGAUGAUCCUCGGGUGAUUGCCAAGCUUUAUGCGAUCAUGGAGGCUGUUGCAGAUAGAGUGGAGAUGCAUAAGAACAUUGGAGAGCAGCGUGAUAAUUGGAAUCGUCUCCUUUUGACUUCCAUCAACGCCAUGACCCUCAGUGGUGCCACCAUGGCCGGGCUAGCCGCUUUAGCUGCGGAAGGGUCACCUUUGAUGGCACUUAAGCUAUCUUCCAUUGUGCUUUACGUAGCAGCCACGGGUUUGUUGUUGGUUAUGAACAAGAUUCAACCAUCCCAACUUGCAGAAGAACAAAGAAAUGCUGCGAGAUUGUUCAAGCAGCUUCGUGUUCAAAUUGAAACAACAUUAGCUCUUGGCAAACUAGAUAUAAAUGAUGUUAAUGAAGCAAUGGAGAAAGUUUUAGCUCUUGCUAAGGCAUAUCCACUUCCUUUACUGGGUUCUAUGCUUGAAAAAUUCCCUUCAAAAGUUGAACCAGCAAGGUGGUGGCCAAAACAAAGGUCAAAGCAAGGAUUUGUUGGGAAAAUAGAGGGAAACAAUGGUUGGACCAGAAAGCUAGAGGAAGAAAUGAGGCAAGUUGUUAGAGUUUUGAAGCAGAAAGAUUUGGCUGAGUAUAUAGAUUUGGGUAGCAAAGCAUUGAAACUUAAUAAAAUGUUGGCAAUAUCAGGUCCCUUGUUAACCAUUUUAGGGGCUUUGGGAUCUUCCUUCGUGGGCACUACUGAUUGCUCAUGGCCUGUGAUGAUGGGAGUCGUAGCAGGUGCAGUAGCUACCGCGGUGAACUCGUUGGAACAUGGCGGCCAGGUCGGAAUGGUGUUCGAGAUGUAUCGAGGUAAUGCCGGAUUCUUUAAGCUGAUUGAAGAGAACAUAAUGUCAAAUAUCAAUGAGAAAGAUGUUGAGAGAAGAGAAAAUGGAGAAAUCCUUGAAAUGAAGGUGGCUUUGCAGCUAGGGAGGAGCCUAUCAGAACUUAAGCAACUUGCAGCAAUUGCAGAAUGUAGUGAAGAAUUUGCAAGCAAACUAUUUUGAUUGAUAUAUAAGCUUAUAAAUGAUUCUUUAUUUUUUUGUACAUCUUAGAAAUGAUUCUUUUGUAUGUAUAUAUGCAUAUGUAACCAUUCAAACAUAAUUUUAACAGUUACUUGAUCAAA